AUGGCUGAAGGAAAAGGAAAGGCUAGACAGCAGAACGAAGGGAUCGACAGUACUGAAAAGAGAACAGAGAAUGGCGAAGAUCAAAAUCGGACUACUUCCCAAUCCGAAGACACAACCACAACAUACGCACAACCUGUUAAACCGAUAACGAUGUGGCAAGCUCCCCAAUCUUUAUUACAUCCAACAGCACCACCACUUAAACAAGUUUCACAAGAACGUAAAGAAACGUAUUUUAGACGGGUUGCAAUGCCUGAACGAUAUGAAGGUCCACCUCCGGCAAGAUGGCAAAGGAGAAUGCAAGUUGCCGGUGGAAUAUUUAGUGCUGUUGUGGGCGUUUAUAUCGUUUUAUUUCAUGAUUAUGGACCAAGAGAACAUGUAUUUUCACCAAUCCGCAGACUUGUCGGAACGAAAUCAUUCAGCGUCUUUCAAUUAUCCGAUGAAGAGAAAGUAUGGGCUCAACAGAGACGAGCAUCGCAAAGCAACAAUACAGACGGAACAAAAAGAAUGGUUUAA